AUGUCAGAAGAGCCGCGGCGAUCGGUGCGUGCGACCAAGGGCCAGCACACCAAAGCCUCCACCUCACCCGCACCCGCACCACGACCCCAGCAGAAACGCCUCAAAGGCGGCGCCAAGUCCAAGGGCAAGAAGAAGCAAGAGCAGGCACCCGACGAUGACGACGGCGAGGAUGGCGGCGAGGAGGAGGGCGAGGACGACGGCGAAAUCCGCUGUAUCUGCCGCGACGACAACCCAGAGGACAAGCGGGCAUUUAUCGGCUGCGAAGCUUGCAUGGCCUGGCAGCACAAUGUCUGCAUGGGGAUGCCAGAGGAUGAAGACGAAGUCCCGGAGCAUUACUUUUGUGAGGAGUGUCGGCCUGUAGAGCAUGCCGAGACGCUUGAGGCUUUGGACAGGGGGGAGAAGAUAUGGGAGACGCGGACGAAGGAGUGGAAGGCGUGGAAGAAGAUGAGCGCGAAUCGGAGGAAGAGUAAGGGGAAGGGCAAUGAGAAUGGUCGGCCGCCGUGGCUUAGGAAGGAGGGUGUUGUUCCGCAAGCCGAGGAGGCGAAUGGGAGUGCGGAGCAGAGCGCUGCUGAGGAGGGUGGAAACAAGAGGAAGCGUGAGAGUGUGAAGGUGGAGCAGGAGACCGCUGCUCGGUCUGAGCCUUCAACCCCGGUGACUCGCCCAGACAAGCGUCGCAAAUCAUCUCAGGCUCCGAGUAAAAUUGCUCUGGACCCGGACACUGCAGUCAUCGAAAUCGACGACUUGCCCACGGACCGUAAGAGGAUCGCGCAGGCGCUCAGCAAGACCAUCUACGAGGACGUCCAAGACCGCGCCAAAUCCGGCUUCCGCAUCCCAGACGGCCACACGCCGAAAUCAUUAAGCGAGCGACUUGCCGGCCUGAUCGAGUACGAAAUGUUCCAAGUCUACGAAGGCACACAAAAGAAAGAGUACGCGCAGCAAUUCCGCAGCCUCAACGCCAACCUCAAGCGGAACAAGAUGCUGAUCGAGCGCCUCCUCGACGGCUCACUUCGGGCUAGCGAUCUGGCCACGAUGGAGAGCAAAGAUAUGGCGUCCGAGGAGCUGCAGCGUGAGAUGAAACUCAUGAAGGAGGAGUCUGAUCGGCAGGCUGUGCUGGUCGAGGCCGAUGGGCCGCGGUAUAGACAGGAUCAUAAGGGGAUCGAGAGGAUCGAGGAUGAUCGGCUGAAGGAGAGUGAGUUGAGUGUUAGUGCGCAACCGGUGCGUGAACGCGCUAGUGUGGAUGAAGGUGGGGCGGGGAGUCCGACGGCUGGUGCGAAUGUUGAUAGGGCGGGCUCGCCUACUCAGGGAGAUUUCAGAAGACCUGCUCCUACUACUGCUGCUGCUGUUCCCGCUGGGCUAAGCGCUGAUAGGAGAACUUCCAGCCAGCAGCAAUUCGACAUGAACAACAUCUGGCAGAAGACGGCGGGGACCGGUCAAUCGCCCACGACCGGCAGCGCGAGUGCAAGACCAAUGCAAAUGCCCCCCCGUCGCCGCAGCUCCAUCCAAGCCAACCCCCCGCAACAACCCGACACCGGCGCCAAAGAAGACGCCGACAUCGACCGCCUCCUCCAAGACGACGACGACGAUGACGAGGAAGACUCAUCCUACGAACCCCAACCCAACCCAUCCGACUCCUCCAUCGUCUGGCGCGGCACCCUCGCCCACGCCGGCGAAGGCCACCCCACCGUCUCCGCCCGCUGGAUCGCAGGUCGCGACAUGACCCCCACAUCCCCCUGGUCCGCCCUUCUCCCCCCUACCCUCACGAUCGACGGCCGCCUCGCCGUAGCCAAAGCGGAGGAAUACCUCUGCGGUCUGCAAUGGAGUCAGAACUCGGACGUUUCGGUCCUGGCGCUGACGCCUUAUGGGGAGGGGGAUCUGGAGGGGUUUGGGAGGGUGUGGGAGUAUUUUUACGGGAGGGGUCGGUAUGCCGUUGUGGGACGGGAGGGGUUGGGGGGGUGGGUCAGGGAUUUGUAUGUUGUGCCUGUUGAGAAGGGGGGGAAAUUGCCGGAGCAUGUGGGGUUGUUGGAGUUUUGUUCGUUGAGGGUGCCGGUGGAGGAGAGGUUGUUGUUGGCUUGUUUUGUUGUGGUGAGGGGGGCGGGGACUCCUGUUGCUGGUGGUGGUGGUGGGGUUGCGGGGGUGCAGGUUGAUGGGGCGGGGGGUGAGGUUUCGGGACAGCAGGGUCUGGGUGGCGCGAAUGGGAAUGGCAAUGGCAAUGGCAAUGGCAAUGGCAAUGGCAAUGGCAAUGGCAAUGGGCAGCAGCAGUAUCUGCCGCAGCAUAUGAGGGCUGGGAUGCCGGGACCAGCUGGCUCGCCGCUAAAUCAGGGCGCCCCUACUUUCUCCCCUAGCGCUCAUCAGCAGCAGCAGCAUCAGCAACCACUAGCCGGCUACGGCGUCCCCCGCCAACCCUCCAACGCCUCAGCCCCAGCAGCCUCAGCAGCAUUCCCGCCGAACCCCUACGACCAAGCCGCCCAACCACAACAUCAUCCCCACCCCAACCCAAUGAUCGCAGAGAUCUUAGGUCCGCGCCAAUGGGAUCCCACGGCCCAGCAGAUUUUGGCCGCGCAGCCGGGGAUCGAUGAGGAUAAGUUGAGGAAUUUGAGGAUUGUGCUUGAGGAGGAUGUUGGGGUGCGCACGGAUUUGGAGGCGUUGGGGAGGAAGUUGGGGGCGGGGGGUUAA